CGUACAGCUCGCGUUUCUGCGGCUUGGAAGAGACGAUGCAAAAACAGCAGUGAAUAAAUGCGUCUUGUGGAUGCACUUUUUCUAAGCAAGGCGUGUUUUCAAAUGUUUUUUUUAAAAGUUUUUGCGAAUCCGAAGGUGUUUAGAUUACAAUGUGUUUAUCCUAGUGCUCGCAUCCAGAAAUAGUUACCAACCGUAUAUUAUAGGAUUUUUUGAAUCAAAAUAUUGGGUUGUCUGGAGCAUUUGUGCAGUAUCAAGUGCAAUACAUAUACAACGUAACGUCAACUUAAAGGAAUUGACACAAAAUAUUUAUAUUCAUAAUUCAGGACAGUCUCGAUUCUAUACGAUUUCAGAUUUUUCAGAUUUUCAGUCUAAAGCUCUACAACCGCUCUACAAUUCGUUUUUGACACUCAACCUCUAUCUUUCUUAAUUACGCUGCAAUUUCGAUAUAAACAAUUUUUGGUGAUAAUUAAUUGAUAAAGGGUCACUUAAAUUUCACUUUAACGUUGAAAGGUAAUUUUUUUCUUUGAAAUAACGUCACUCGACAUAACGUACAUUUUACCUCGAUACAACGUACACACUCGGGGGGGGUCUUCGUAGCCACUUGGUUACGCGUUCGCUUACUAAGCGAUCGAUCGUGAGUUCAAACUCAGGGCCCUCAAUUGACCAUCUUUGUGUUGUUAUAGAAUAAUUACGUCCACGCAACCAUCAUCAGCUAUGGAGAUCGAUCCACGGUGGAACAAAGAUCGAUUCAUCCAUACAGCUGCUCUGCUCUGCAAGAAACAUCGGGCUGCUGUUCUAUAAAUAACCCAACAAUGAUCAAUAUCAACUGUCUCUGCUGUCCGGUCUGCUGAACAAUGGAAGAACAGAUAGAAUACCCUUAUGCCGAAAUGGCUACUACAGUGUAAUUUACCAUAAUGUAAUGGAACAGAAAACCUAACGCCUAAAUGGCUACUACUUCUACUGUGUAAUUUACAAUUUAUAGAAACAUAAACAUAUGUACAUGUACACGAUAAAAACCCGGCUCUGUUACAGAUAAAAUGCUAAUGAGCCUGAUAAAUAAAUAAAUGGGAUAAAAAAAACGUACACACUUUCAACGUGUAAAAAAUAUUUUCGGAAUAGGUACUGAGAGAUUUAUGUCAAUCUCAUAACUUCAACAAAGGUCAAUUGGUGGUCUGAGUAGAGGUUCCCGAAUUUAAAUUAGAACAUUGGAAACCCCAUAAAAACAAUAUAUCUGUGCAUUGUACAUUCUAAAUAAGCUGAUUAAAGUCUCAUAUCUGACACCACAGCCCAUAAUCAGGACUUCCAUAUGAAAUUUUGCAUUUUUACAUUACAUGCUCUGCCAUAUGGCUUGAACGAUUGUGCUGGAGAAUGAAGUUGCUAGCGGUCAUUUUAUCAAUUUACCCUUAAGGUUCAAUUCAGUUAGAAUCCGGAAUCCCAAUUCAUUUUAUACCAGCGGCCGUAGUAGGCAUAUCUCACAUAUUUUGACAGCUAAUGGUUUGAAAACCCUGGAUCUUUCAACGGUGAAAAUUCCACGAUAAUCCGUUUUGUCAGGUACUCAAAUCACCAAAUCACUGAAGGUGGCUAAAUCGACAGUAUUGGAUGUACUAAAACGUUUUCGUGAAAGUGCAAGUGUUAUGUAUGUUAUUGGAACAUACGAUCGUAAGCUGAGGUUGAAGUCAUUGAGAUAAUUAACGCAAACUCUCGGUGGUCACCCGUGACACUGGGAUCGAUUACAUUGUAAAAGACCUCAAUCCUCCCAAUUGCCGCCGAUUCUGCCAAAUAGAAAGACAUGGGCAAUUGUGAAGCGGAAUUGCAAAAUUUAUGCGAAAGUGACUCGCGAUGCUGCAGACAUGAAGAGAUCGAGAUAAUAAUGCCCGCUUUGAUGGAGAGUAUCCGAUGAAAAGUACGAAAAUUCAUCAAAACUGUAAUGGAAUAGUUUCUACAAUAUGUUUUCCCAAUAGAACAGUAAAUUAUCUAGAUUUUGAUAUGGAAACUUUUUUUGUACUAUUAACCAAUCCCGAGAUACAAUUGGUUUUAUGAUUCCGGCAUCUAAAUGAAUCAAGCUUUAAUCAACGGUAUAAUCAUGAGAAAGGUUGACUUCAUCUUCUAGUUGAACUUUCAUUCAUCAUUAUUUACGAGGGCGAUCCGAUAAGCACUUAGCACUUAGUUUUGUUUUGACCGUGUGUGGGAGCGGACGUGUCCGCGGAUAUUAGAAAAAUGGAAAAAGAGCAAUAUCGGUCGGUGAUUCGAUCCUUGUUUUUGGACGAGAAAUCACGCAGCGAAAUCAAAGAGCGCUUGGAUGCUGUAUACGGUGACUCUUCUCCUUCGAUGGCGACCGUCAAAAAUUGGUUUAACGAGUUUCAACGUGGUCGCACGUCGGUUUUUGAUGAGCCACGCCCAAGUGCCCCGAAAACGGCUACCACGGAGUGUAACGUGACUAAAUUCCACGAUCUCAUAUUGGCAGACCGACGAUUGAAGGUGCGCGAAAUAGCUGAAACAGUAGGCAUCUCAAAAGACCGCGUGGGUCAUACCCUGCAUGAAAUUUUGGGCAUGAGAAAGCUGUUGCCGCGAUGGGUGCCGCGUUUGGUCACUUCGGUCAACAAGCGCAACCGUGAGACCACUUCAGAGCAGUGUUUGACGCUGUUUAAGCGCAACCCGAAGAAGUUUCUGCGUCGUUUCGUGACCAUCGACGAAACAUGGAUCCACUGGUACACACCAGAGACCAAGGAACAAGGAGUAGAAUGAGGUGUUCAUCGCCGCCACGAAGUUCCUCUAGGAACGUUAGUGCCAUUUAAGAAGGUUUGGGCUCCCGUGGCCGGGUGGUUAGCGUCACAUCUAACAUGCCGGGGGUUUGGGUUCGAUUUCCGUUCUGGUCGGGGGAAUUUUUCGUCAAAUAAAUUUCCUCCGACUUGCACUGUGGUCACGCGUAUUCUAGAGCUCGCUACUCAGAAUGCAUUCAAGGCGUGUUAUUUGGCAUAGAAAUCUCAAAUAAGUACUAAUAAAAAAAUGACGCAAGUAAUACUACAUUGAGACGGCGAAGUUCCUCUAGGAACGUAGGUGCCAUUUAUGAAGAAGAAGAGGAAUGUGAUUUUUAUUCAUAGUUUUUUUUUUUGGCAAAGAAUGUACUUAUUCUUCAAGAAACCCCAUCUCCCGAAAAAGUCUUCAGCUUUUCGCAAGGCUUCCGAUCCAACGAAUCCACCCGUUCAGCCAAUUGGUCCCGAGCUCAGAAGUUCCCGAAAAUACAGUCCACCGCAAUCUAGUCUUUGUUUCCAGACUGAACAAACUCACACAAAAGAGAAAAAGAAGAGAAAAGCUCGGUAAAGAGUAGUGCCGGCUAACGACUUUCAACCAUCAAGGAAAUAGGAAGUGCGCAGCGGAACAAGUAAAUUUUAAUAGUGCCAGAGUGCAUCGAAAGCGAUAAGAGAAAAGAUAGGAGAGCUAAAAAAAAGAGGAGAACCGAAAGAGAGAAAAAAAGGUCCUUUCAGCGCGCCUUUUUUAUAUUUCGCUUUUUUCUCCUUCGACAAGUGUGGUAUCCGCCAUUAGGAAAAAGGACGCUCCACUGAACUAUUCGCCAUUGUUAUUCGGCGACGAUACAGGAUACCGGAACCAAAAGAAUCCGAUCAACGCUUGGUGGUUACAGCGGAAGUUUUUCAUUAAUACCACGGAGAAAGAAGAGAGAAGGAGGGAAAUACGCAAAAAUACUGCAAGUAUAAAAGCUGAAAAUCUAUGACGUCACAAUUAAGAUAAAUUCUUUUUUUUUCCCUAUAAUAAUAGGAAAAGGACAGAAGUAAAUUAAAGAGUAGGUUUAAAAGGAAGGAAUAAAAGAAGAAAUUCAUAUGAAACCCAUAUUUAUCUCCUCUAUUGCUAUUUUGGAAAUUCCCGUUUUUCGGUCUCAAAAGGAGUCGCCAGCCCUCGUCCUCGAUUGGUCUGCGGAGUUGGCUAGCAUUGCCCAAUCUUUGAGAGAUAUUUGAUUGUGGGAGUAGUUGGUGGCUUUAGAGAAAUGCGCAGGUCUUGUGGAGAAGGAUAAAACCGACACUGCUCCUUUUUGCUGGAGGAGCAGCUGUUUGCGAGUGACCGGUAGCAGGUUGAACGGCUCUGAGAAACGAAAUCCGUAAAUAGAGAGUUUCAAUUUUUCAACCUGAGAAAGUCAUAGAAGGAAUCCAUUUCUUUCUUUGCAUAAUAACCAUGGAUAACAGAUAUUACAACCAUCCUCCUUAUGCUCUGGUUCUCAACUAUAGAGAUUCAUCAUUCGCAUCCAGAGUUUUCCAGCGAUAUUCCGCUGCGUUUUGUCAUUUUUACAUAACUAAACAACAAUUUACGGAUACUCAAAUGAACUGUUUUCGAAAAUACCGGGUUGUCUAUUGUUUUAAAUCAAUCGGCUUGAAACAAUGCGAAAGUGUUACAAAAACGCGAAAAAAAAUAAUGUUGUGUUUCCAAAUGUCAAAACGUAAGCAACCGAAUGGUCUUCAGAUAUGUAUUCAUAGGUUUAGCAUCAGUUUAGAUAAUUUUUUUUUGCGUUGAAUGGACCAUACACGCUAAAUAUUAUUGUGCAAAUAUGUACACAAUAUUAUUGAGUAUGGUCCACAAACGUGUAAUAUAAUUGCGCGACAGCUUGAUUUGUGCAAGUUAUGUUCAGUUGAACAUGAAGAUUCCAAGCAUUUUUUUGCUUUGAAUAUCCUAUAAGUACGUACGAUCAGCCGAAAAAAAAACCGGCAACACUGCCCCAGCAACCUGCCGCAUCCUUGCUGGGUGAUUGGGUGAUGGCACACGCAACCUACACUGUGCUUUCUGUUGGCCUCCCCCACCUCAUUAUUUUCCACCCGCUGUUGACCAUUUCCCAGAUCCUUCUCGUCUGGUGCAACUCUCUUCGCCUUUAUGCUUCACUUGCUUCCCGUGCGUAUGUACACCUGCUGUGUCUGUAUGAGUGCUCGCGCACUUCUCACUCCCUCGCCUCGCGUACCCCAUUCAACCCUUCUACACGCGACCAGGACGACACUCUUCUCGGUGUGAGUGCUCCUUCUGACAGUUAAUUCGUUGUAAAAUUGUGAUGCAGUUAUUAAACAACUUUCGUCACAUGGAUGAAAUUCUUUUCACGCACUCGAGAAACUCCGACCGGAUCGGAUGGAUUGGCUGACGGUCGGUUGCUUGCGUUCGAUGCCGUCAUUUCUUCGCCAACUACCGUGGAAGAAAAGUGCGUGUACAAGUAGUUCUUCGUUCUUCGCGCGAAACCCCUUACAAGGCCCCUCGGACCCACGCAGAACCGAGCUAGAGCUAGUGGCGAGAGGCGUGAGAGUGGUCCGCAUCUUCUGCCCAAAAAAAAAAAACAGGGAGGGACCCUCUUCACGAAGCUCGGCCUCCCCGUUCAGUUCAGUAUAUUUUUUCUUCGGUCCGUUCGUUCUCCAAUCUUUGGCUUUUCCGGGGGAUACCACAAAAAGUUCCCCGCUUUUGGCAAGAUUUUUUUUCCUAUUGUUGAAAACAAAAAAAAACAAACAAACAGAAGAAUGCAAGAAGUGCAAAUGGAAGAUAGUGCUUUGAAAAAUUCAAAAUUUCCCCCUUCCUUCGAGAAAUAAAGUACCGUGCGACAGCGACACCGCGACACCAGGAGGAAGUAGACGAAGAAAAACAAACAACAAGCAGUGUGCAUUCAUCUCGAUUGGUGUGAAUUGUGAUAAUUGAGCAAAAGAGCCAAAAUGUUUUCGAUUGAAUCAAUUUUAAAGUCUCAAAUCUCCCAGAGGUAGUGUAGAUAAGAUUCCAGGGUUUGCACUGGUUUGCACACAACAACCAAACAAACAAAAACGACAAAACUUAAAAAAAAAAGAAACAAACACCUCUUCUAUUAAGCACAUAAAAAAAAAAAAAUUAAAAAACUAAACCAACAAACCAAAAACAACAAAAAAUAAAAGAAACGAAAACGAUACGCCCCCGAGUGCCAAACAAGCGGGAUAUGAUUUUUGUGUUUCACGUACGGCAUUUAAUGAAGACUCGGACCCCAACGAGGGCCCCAAUGUUUGUUAGUAUUUCAGCGGUUUUCAGUACUGUACCACUACGGCCAAACAAGCAAUUGAACGCUGUCGAGAGUCAGAAUGCAGAUUCAGCACGUUCGGGACCUGUGUGCCGUGCCGGGGGCGGCCGCCGAACUCAACUGCACCGGUGAUAUCCUGUCGGUGCAGAACUUGUUGCCACAGCUAGCCCCGCCGGAGAACAAACCCCACCAGUGUCAGCAGUGUCUCAAGAGUUUCUCCUCCAACCACCAGCUGGUGCAGCACAUCCGGGUCCACACCGGGGAGAAGCCCUACAAAUGUUCCUACUGUGAUCGCAAAUUCAAACAGCUGUCGCACGUCCAGCAGCACACCCGGCUGCACACCGGCGAGCGCCCCUACAAAUGCCACCUGCCGGAUUGUGGCCGUGCGUUCAUCCAGCUGUCGAACCUGCAGCAGCACCUGCGCAACCACGACGCCCAAGUCGAACGGGCCAAGAGCCGACCCUUCCACUGCAAUCUGUGCGGCAAAGGAUUCGCCACCGAAUCCAGUCUGAGGACGCACACCUCCAAGGAACUCCAACUGCACCUCGGAGUCCUUCAGCAGCACGCAGCUUUGAUUAGUAAUUCGAACAGUGUGACGUGUAACGUGUGCAGUAAGAUCUUUCUCGGCGUGGAUGCCCUCAACGAACAUAUUAAAUACUCGCACAAAGAAGUGGCUGAGUACAGCACUAAAUGUCUAGAGGAACUGAAACAAAGCAUUUCUUACACUGCAGUGAAGCGAAGAGUAGCGAAUCAUCCGUGUCCGAUGUGUGGCAAGCACUACGUCAACGAGGGCUGUCUGCGGAAGCAUCUGCUCACGCAUCCACGUUCCGCGGCAACCGGCGGAGCACCCUUCCGCUCCAAUCUACAGAUGUGGCCCUGCUCGGUCUGCCAGGCUGUAUUUACCCACGAAUCAGGUCUCAUCACCCACAUCGAGCACAUGAAGAUGGAUCCGAAGCAUCAGUUCGCUGCCCAGUACAUGUUCACCAAGGCCGUGGUCGAACAGCGGGAGAAGGACUCCGCCAACGCGCUCAUCGGAGGGAUGGGCAGCGGCGGUUCGGCCCAAUCCAACCUAAUGCUUUCGUCGAAGGAAAUGUCUCAGAAUAGCAUUUCGCCGCUGAAUUACUCGGAGAACUCUUCGACGAUGGGCUCGGAGAAGAAUGGCGAAGGUGGUGGCGGUGGUGGGGGUGUUGUUGGUGGAAAUAAUUUCGAAAACCAUCGAUUAACGAACGCAGCGGCUGUAGCUGCGGUUGCCGCCGGAGGUCACGGCAACCCGUUCGGGGUAGUUCCGGGGGAUAAUAACAACAGUCAGUUUUCGCGCAUGAUGAUGCUGCAGGAGCCCAAAUUUGAUCCGGAUCUGAUGUUACCGACGGAUGGGACGUCAUCCGCUGUCCAGGCAGCGGUUGUAAAUCUGGCAACGGCGAUGCGAAUUGGCCAAACGUUCAAAAACAACUCGAUCCACGCUGAUCACCUUGGGCAAUCGAAUUUGGGACCACUGAAGAAGAAAAGUAAUUUCAUCAAUUUCAACGAGAUGAAGUAUCCGUUGGCGAACCGACAGAAUUACCCCGGGUCGGGUGACUCACCAGUACAUAGUGGUACAGGUCUCGGCGGGGGCGGUCCCAAUUCGUGUGGUCCUUCGUCAGAAACUGCUAUCCGGAUUCAACAGGCGGAAGCAAUUUUGCGAUCCCAGGCCGAGGCAGCGCUUCGAUUAGCGGUUUCCCAAGCCCAAGCGGUGGUGUCCUCCAACGCCGGAGGCGGUGGCCCUGGCGGGCCCCACGUUGGACCAUUGGGUAAUUCAUUGGUGGGUAGGUGCAAUGACGAGAGCAGAUCUAACGAGAAUUGUCCCCCCUUUGAUCCCCACGGGGAUCAUCUGCGGGCGGCCAUGGGAGAACAUCAUGCUCACCAACAGCAACUGCUUCAGCACCAUCAGCAGCAACAGCAGCAACAGCAACAGAAUAACGAUGAGUGCCAUCAAUUCUCGCAGAGUCCGGUGCCGAGGAACGGGCUGGACCUUACCGACGAGUUCCUAAAAAGAGAAAACGUACUGAAAGGGUGAGAGUAGAUGUAAAUUUUGAUGCCAUAUUAUAUUUAAUUUAAAUCAAUACCAAUCUUUGGGAUGGAAACGAGGGAAAGUGGAAGAAAGCAAUGGGGUGAGAGAUAGCAAAAACAUUAGAACGAAGAAAGUUAGCAAACAAAAUGGAAAAUCACAACAACAACAAAAACACAAAACAAAGAAAAAACAAACAUUACACAUUGAUUAUUAUACGAUAAUCUGGGACUUGAAUGUGUGAAUCAAUAACUAAAUGAUAAAAUAAAAACUGAUGCAUUAUGC